AUGUAUGAUUUAACAAAUAAAUUUAUUGUUAUAAAAACAUUUUCCAAAGAGUUGGAGUUUACCAAUUUUCCCAUCUUUAGAUUGACUAUUUCACUAGGAUCAUAUGGAUUCAUUGGUACACCCGUAAUUUUUGGACUUUCAAAAUUUGUCAGAAGUAUAUGGCCAACUGUAGAUCAAGAGGGAAUCGUAUUGGGAACUCAAUUCUUUGUUUUCUCUGUCAUUUUCUAUGACAUUAUAGAUACCAACGAACUAGAAUUAGGAAUUAAAGUUAUCAGUAGAGUAAUCAAUAUUUUUAAAUUUGGAAAACUCCAAGAGGAUGCCACACCACUCGAAAACAUUGCUUUUGAUUUCUUUCAGAAUUUGAAAAUUAGAGUUGGAGAACAACAUCCAUUAAUGAAUCUAUUCACAAACGCUUUCAUUGAUUAUUUUGACAACCUAAUCCCUUGGCAAAAUAUGAAGUUUCAAUUAUCAAAAUAUUAA